ACCAGUAAUACCUAAACUGAUACCAUGUUUGUUUUCUGUUUUGUGUUAUAUUUUUUUGCUUUUUAUAUUAAAAACACAUCUUGAGCUCGAACUGAUCUAGUUUAUUAAGCAAAUUUAACUCCUACUUAGGCUUAUUGGUAUUUAGACGUGAUUUAUACCUAAUAGAACUGUUUUUAUACCUUUUUUGUCAUAUAAUACCCUUUCCAACCUGUAGGGGCCAGCAGUGACUCCACACGUCACCUCUUUAAAGCCCGAAGAAGACGGUUGCUGUGGAAACGACAACAUCUUCAGAAGUUGUCAUGGCGACUCAACGGCCUCCCUCUGGCAUGGCUCGACCCGUGAGCAGGAGUGGAUCUGGGAGACCCCCCACUGCAGUGCGGCCCCCUCCCACAGCCAUACGAGUGGGCACCGGGAUGGUCCCUGGUACAGGAGGUCUCUCUGGGAUGAGAGGAGGGCUCCCUGUGGCUGUCCCUGGAUUGUUAGCUGCUCAGAUCAAAGUCACAGACAGACCUGUCACACAGCAGGGCCUCAGCGGCAUGAAGACCGGAAUGAAAGGACCGCAGAGACAGAUCCUGGAUAAGUCCUACUACCUGGGCCUCCUCAGGAGUAAGAGCAAUGAGCUGACCACAGAGACCAGCAAACUGCACAAAGAGAUCGAGAACUUCAACCAGGAGAACUCCGUCUACCUGUCCUAUGAGAAAACAGCAGAGGGUCUUGCUGCGGAGAUUAAAGAUUUACAAGGACAGCUGGCAGAUUAUAACAUGCUUGUGGACAAGCUGAACACCAACACAGACAUGGAGGAGAUGAUCAAUGAUUAUAAUAUUUUGAAGGCUCAGAAUGACCAGAAGGCUGAAAGCAUUGACAAAAUCUUCACAGAAAGGAGAGAGAGGGAGGAAGCGAUUCGGGCCAUAGAGGAGAACAUCCGCAGAGAGAGGAGAGUGGCAGAGGAGAUGGUCCAGUCUAUGCCCUCAGCCAAACAGGAGAAGUACUACACCAUGACGGCUAACAACGAGGAGCUGCUGCAGGAGCUGGCUGUUCUUCAGGAGGAGCUCGACGUUCUUCUGACCAGGAAGGAGGACUAUGACAUUGAGCUGUCCCAGUCACAGACCAAGCAGGAGGUGGUGCGUCUCCACCAGACCCUGUCCUCUCUGGAGCAGAAGAGAGACGCCAUGGAGGCCGAGCAGAAGAACAUGGGCUCACCACAGGAGGAGAGGGACAAGCUCUUCAAACAGGUGAAGGAGGACAACCAGGAAAUAGCCAGCAUGGAGCGACAACUGGCAGAGAUCAGAGAGAGGACGAGACAGAUCACAGAGGAGCUCAGGCAGAUGGAGCAGGACUCUGAGGACGCACAAGGGGAAAGUCGGCAGCGAUAUAAAGAGCUGAAGAAAAAAGAAGAGGAGCUGGACAGUUUCUUAGAUUCUUUUGAGGAGACCAGGCAACGAGAGGAGGACAAACAGAUUCAGAUCCAAGAAAGCAUCAAGUCUCUGUUGGAGCAGUGCAGCCGGUGCCAGUUGCGUCUGCACCACGUGGACACUAUCACAGCCAACGAGCUCCGGAACAUGCAGGAAGUCCUGGUAUCCAAGGAGACCGAGGUCAACCAAUCAGAGAGCACCGCCAAGAACCUCACCACCGAGUCCAGGCGUCUGCAGCAGGACCUGGAGAAGGUGCAGCAGCUGGAGGGGAAGAUCAGCUCGGAGCUGGAGGUGCAGAGACAGCAGCUGGUCACCAUGGAGACGGAGCUGAAGACAUACAGGGACAUAGACAGUCUGAAGAGGAGCGCCGAGGACAAGAAGAAAAAGCUGGAGGAGCAGCGUGUGUGUCUGAGCCAGAGGCAGGAGUCCUUCAGACAGCUGCUGGACCACAUCACACACACGUAUGAAGCUCUGAAGACCAAACUGGAGGAGAACGAGACGCACGCUCAGCUGACCAACCUGGAGAAGAAAUGGCAGCACAUAGAGCAGAACAACUUUGUCAUGAAAGAGUUCAUCGCGUCCAAGUCCCAGGAGAGUGACUACGCCCCGGUGGCCCAGCGCGUCAGCCAGCAGGUGGCAGAGUACAACAAGAUGCUCAUCGACUCACUGCAAAACAACAGAAGUCUCAUAUGAACUGUCCACUAAUGCUUUUGGUACAACAGAUUUAGUUUGUAAGUAGUAGUUAGUAAAAUAUUAAAGUGCAUGAGACAGGUGAGACUACCCAUUUCUCUAAAACAGGGUGUCAAACAUCCGGCCCUCCAAGACCUUUAAUCUGGCUGAUUUUCUACUAAAAUAUUUGAAUUAUAUUUUCUAUUAAAAUCUUGUUAAUUUUGUGUGGUGUUUAUCACAGCAGCGUCUCCAGUGUCUCUGUACGUGGCCCCUCCCACCAGAGCAGCACAAAUGAAGACUUGUCUCUUUCCAAACGCUCUUAAAGGACGAUCGUUUUGACUGUUGACCGUGACACCCUCAUCAGAAAAAUGUCCAACAUGAGAAAAGUGGAGCCGAGUGCAGGAUUUUCCCAGAAUAAUGGACUUAUUCCUGUUUACAUCUAAGUUCAUAUUAAAACAUUGUGUUGAAAUGGCAAUUUUCUUAAAGUUUCAGGUUGUUCAUAAUAUUAUAAUAAAAAAGAAAGAAUUCAUCAAUUAAAAAAGAUUUCUGUAAUAUAUUUGUGUUUCUCUGCACAAAUAUUUCAACUUAUUGUUAUUUUUGGAGUUUAUAUGCCAUGAGUUUUCUGAUCCGGCCCCUUUGGGAUCAAAGUCGGUUGGAUCCGGCCCCUGAACCAAAAUGAGUUUGACCCCCCUGCUCUAAAACAUACUUAACAGUCCGAUAUUACACUGAAUGGACUCCUGUGAGCUUUAAGCCAUGUUCUAGUGAAGUGUCCCCGUCAAAAACAACCCCAUAGUUGUGUUUUGUUUGAUUUAUACACAUUUGAGUAACGCUUUAUUUAUUAUCAGUGCAUCUACAACUCCAAAACUCAAAAUGCUCUGUUCCACCUUGUGAUGUCAUAGUGGUAGUUUUUCAAUUAACAGCUCCUUUAACCUUUAGUUCAGCAAAGUCUGGAAAUUCCAAGGAUGAAAUAAUCCUAAUAUGUCUAGUGAAGUUGUAUGGAGUUUAAAAACUUGCACAACAUGACAUCACAAGGUGGAACAGAAUGUUUUCUGUCAAACAUGUGAAAGAAACAAAACACAACUUCCGGUCUGUUUGUGAUGAGGAAACAACAUUAUAACAUGGAUCAGAAACUAGUGUAAUAUGAGCCCUUUAAAUCACUGGAUUCUGAGUAAUGUUAAAGGGUGAAGUUCUUAUUUGGACUUGUGGUUGGACACGAGCAGCAGAUAUGACACAGGUAGAGGUGUGUUGUCUAGCAACCAUAAUGUAACGACGGACAAUUAUUACUAUUUUGUCAAAACAAUGUUUAAACUGUCAGAAAAAUAGUGUUCCAUGUGCAUAAAUUGUCUCUGCAUUUUGGAUGAAAUUGACAGUUGAUGACACAGCCAGAGGGAUUUUGUUUUAGAACUCUGCUACUUCUUGCAUUUUACAAAUAUUUUCUACACUAUCUCACAAACUCAAUAAUAAGAAAAAUAUAUGUAUUUGUCAAAUGCACUUUAAGCCUGUGUGAUUGUACUUUGUAUCAAUAAUAAAGCUUUAAUAGUUCA